GACACAUAUUUCAAUAUUUCGAAAAUACUCUGUACUAAAUAUUUUAUGGUGCUCUACAAAAAGCACUGUUGACUUUUAAAUUAGAAAAGGAGCAACAAAUGCUAGAAAAAUUGUUAUCACCGGUGAUUCUGCUGUAAUAGUGGGCUUCCUAUAUCUCGUGUCUCAGAAUUCUCACCAAAUUUUCCUGUCAGCACUUUUCUUAUUAUCCUAGGUUACGUUAUUUGGCCAAUUGUAAGGCACUUAAUGUUGCUGUUGCGGUUGUAACUGGUACAUGGCGAUGAGUGUCUACAUCAGUCUCCUGUGAGUUACUUGCUUGUGAGUCAGUUCUGGACCAAUCAGCCUAUUCUUGGCGCUCCGCUAAGAUUAAUUCCGGACGUGCAAAGCUGAGGACUAGUUGCUGAGGGGAAGACGGCAUGGGAGGAGGUCAUUCCAAACCUGAAUGCAACAACGACGAACGAAACACCAACACAGUAGCCCCAACACCUCCGUUCUCCUUCUGGGAGCGCACCAACAUACAGUAUUUGCUCUUGGCCUUUUUUGCCGGGGUCCUGAUCACGCUGCUGCUGUUGGCCCUUAUCUUCUUCGUCAUAAAGAGCUACAGGAAACGUCACUCUAGUCCCUGCGCCCUGGAUCCUCCCUUCGAUCCUCACUCUGGCCAAGAUUCUCCGGCCAAGCUUUCAUCCCCAGAGGAAACACUCACCUAUGCUAGCAUGACUUUCCAAAUCGCAGAAGAAAAGAAUCAUUACCUGACUGAGAAACAUUCUGCAGGCUUGGAUCCGGUUGUCUACUCUCAGAUCAAAGUGACAAACUCACCCGACCUUUCCAGUGAGGCUUGACGCCAGUCCCUCUUAUCUCAGCUCUGUCUUUAUAUAAUCACUUUCCCUUUGGACAAAUUUGGGACCACAGCCUGACCAGACUACAGUGGAGUUGUUGGGGUGUGAUCUGGCCAUGUUAGCCAGCAUGUUUGAAGACCAAGGGCCCAUCUUUCCCUUGGCCUGAGAAAAGAUUGCUGGCCCGGCCGCUUGAACGGACAGUCUGAUAGCCCCUCAAGGGCUGAGACUGCCUCGCUCGUCCCCUUUCAACGAGUGUGGUAGUACAGAGCUCAUGGCACAGAGUGUUCACUCAGGGCCGCUGAUCAGUUUGGGAGAAGUCAACCAACUGGGCAAGUUAGCAAGAAUUACAAAUAAAAGCAAACCCCCUGCAAAGCCGGCCCCUCCUGCAUCAUGCAUUUGUCUGUCCCGGUCACCUCCAAAGACGCAGAGCUCAUGCACAGCCAGAAGCCUAACAGAGGUGACGGGACUCUAGAUCAAGUUCAGGAUUGAUUGGGGCACAGGUCUCAAGCUCUGCACCAACUAGCUGCAUUCUUUUGGGUAAGUGUGUGAAACUUUUUUUUUUUUUUGAUUUUUUAAAAUGUUUAUUUUUGAAAGGGAGAGAGACAGAGCGUGAGCAGGGGAGGGGCAGAGAGAGAGGGAGACACAGAAUCCGAAGCAGGUUCCAAGCUCCGAGCUAUUGGCACAGAGCCCGACCUGGGGCUCGAACUCAUGAACCCUGAGAUCAUGACUUGAGCCCAUGUCGGAUGCUUAACGGACUGAGCCGCCCAAGUGCCCCAAGUGUGUUGUUAAACUUUUCAAAGCUUCAACUGCUUCAUCUUGAAAACAGAAUAAUACUUACCUCUUAGUGUGAGAAUAAGUGAGAUGGCAUCUACUUAGGUACUUCAUACGUUCCAGUUUUACAUAAAUACAAGGUCCCUGUUGUGUAAAGUGCUAUUCAAACCACCUUCUUGCUAUAGCAUAAAAGAUAUGCCAAGCAAUAUUACAUGGAACAAAGGAUUAAAUGUUAACUCCCCUAAAUCCUAAUGGAUAAUCCCAUAUAUAAUCCCAGUAAAAAUACCAAUAAGAUUAUUUUUCACUCAGUGAGGUUCCUGUAUAGAUAAUAAACAAGAAAGUAAAUCCAGGAAAAUCUAUACAAAGAAGCAAAUAAAAGUAAUCUGGGAAGGCUAGUCCUCACAGCUAACUAAAAGUAUUAUUUUAUCAAGCAUGACGGACUAAAACAUGUUCCUGGUUCAUGAAUAAACAAAUGGGAUAGAGUAAAAAGACUAAAAAAAGAUCAAAAUCCAUGAAGAAAUUUAGAGUAUGACGAAGAUAGCGUAUCCAGUCAUUUGGGGGAAAUUGGUUAAUUCAUAAACGGUGUUUAGACAGGUAGGUAGCCAUAUGGAUGAAAGUAAGACCAGAAUCCACACCUCCCUUCUUAAAUCAUAAUAAAUUCAAGAUACAUCAAAAAUUUAACUGUAAAAACAUUAUAAAAGUAUUAGAAGAAGGGCGCCUAGGUGGCUUGGUCAGUUGAGGGUCCGACUCUUGAUUUCAGCUCAGGACAUGAUCUCACGGUUCGUGGGCUCCGUGCUAACCGUGUGGAGGCUGCUUGGGAUUCUCUCUCUCCCUCUCUUUGCUCCUCCCCUGCUCGCACACAGGCGCACACUCUCUCUCUCUCUCAAAAUAAAUAAACAUUUAAAAAAAUUAAAGUAAUAAAUAAAAAAUUUUAAAGUACUAGAAGAAUAUAUAGGAGAGUUUUUAAAACAUAGUGGUGCAUGCCUCAAAUGUAUGACCUGGAACCAGUAAACCAGAAAAGACUGAUUAACUGGGCUUACAAAAUACUAUUCAAAAUGCCAAGCUUGGAAAAUAUUUGCAAAGCACCUUAUAGCCAAAAGGCUAAUUUUCUUAAUAUAUUAAGAGCUCCGGAAUAUAUUAGGGCUCCUAAUAUAUUAAGUCAACAGGGAAGAAAUCAGCAACUCAGGAGAAAAUAGAAGACCAAGGAUAGGUCUGUUGGUCACAGAAAAGGAAAUGUAGUGGCUUGUUUAAACAUGUGAAGAGGUACGCAAGUUUACUCGUAAUGAGAGAAACAGUAGUUAAAACUACAAUUAGAUCUUUUCUGUCAGUGAUGUUGGCGACCUUCAGAAAGUUUGCUAACAAACAGCUUGGGCAGGACUGUGGAGACCCAAGGCACACAUACAAUUGCUAUGGAGGCAAUUUGGCAAGAGCUGGUGACGUUUUAAAAUCUGCUGCUGCGAAGCGGGUGAUGGGCAUUGAGCAGGGCACCUGUUGGGAUGAGCACCGGGUGUUGUAUGGAAACCAAUCUGACUACAAAUUUUAUAUUAAAAAAAAAAAUCUAUUGCUGCGAA